AUGCGUCGGUGCCUCGAGGAGCUCCGGCGUUCCGCUCGACGCCAAGUUGCCUUAAAAGGAGCUCCGCCAUUUUUCUCGAGGAGAAAGUUUCGUAUGCACGCGAGUCCCAUCCCCGGUCUUGGAUAUUUGCAUUUCACUCGCGUCGAUCACGCUCGGCUGACGCGUUUUUCCUCGAAACGGAUAAAGGAAUGGAGCAAAAAGCCGGCGCUCGUCUCUCCGUGCGAAAAUAACGUGGUCGUCUUCGAGGCAAGAGACAGUCCGGACUUUGCGGGUGCCACGUAUCAACACGGUGCAUAUGCGUAUAUGCGUGUAGCUUCUCCAUCCCUAAGGCAAUUAACUCUGAAGACAAUGGAGCUACUCCCGAAUAAGUUCCCGACCCGCGUCAGGCCGGGACACCUGCCGUUAAUACUC